AGGCCCGAAGGGUAACGCUAAGAGGCAGGGAAGGGGAGGGAGACGCCCUGGAAAGCCUGGAGGCUCGGGAGGAGGAGGAGACGCUGCUGCUGCUGUUGCCGCCUCCGUUAACGCUUCCUUCUCUUUUUCAGAGGCUUCCCGCCCAGAGGAGGAGAAGUGGGAGCCAUGGCUGCAUCCACACUGGAGGAAUAACCCGAUGAUACCUUAAAUGCUGAAGACUGAACAUGAAGAAAGAAAUACAAGGAAAUCUCUCAAAGUGAAACAAGAAAUCACAUGCAAACUGCAAUGGAAGAAGUUCCAGUUAAAGUAGCAGUGAGAAUAAGACCUUUGCUUUCAAAAGAAAUACUUCACAACCAUCAAGCAUGUGUGAAAUUAAUCCCAAAUACUCAACAGAUUAUCAUUGGAAAGGACCGUGUUUUCACUUUUGAUUUUGUUUUUGACAAAUAUUCAACCCAAGAUGAAGUGUACACAACAUGCAUUAAGCCAUUAGUGGCAUCUCUGAUAGAAGGAUAUAACGCUACUGUUUUUGCCUAUGGACAGACAAGCUCUGGGAAGACUUACACCAUUGGAGGAGGCCAUGUUGCUUUAGUUGCAGAGGAAGAGAGAGGUAUAAUUCCACGUGCGAUCCAGGAAAUAUUUCAAAUUAUUUUUGAAAACCAUAAUGUUGACUUCACUGUGAAAGUUUCUUACAUAGAGGUCUACAAAGAAGAAGUCAGAGAUCUAUUAGAACUGGAAACAUCUAUGAAAGAUCUGCACAUUAGAGAAGAUGAAAAAGGCAAUACAGUAAUUGUUGGUGCCAAAGAUUGCCAAGUUGAAAGUGUGGAUGAAGUGAUGAGCCUGUUAGAAACUGGAAAUGCUGCUCGACAUACAGGCAUGACGCAAAUGAAUGAGCAUUCCAGCCGAUCUCAUGCUGUUUUUACUAUCAGCCUUUGUCAACAACGGCAACCUGUGCAGACUCAGAAAGACACAGACUCUGAACAAGAUUCAUCACGAAGUUCAAGCCAGCUAAUUGCAUCCAAGUUCCACUUUGUGGAUCUUGCUGGUUCAGAAAGAGUAACAAAAACUGGGAACACUGGUGAAAGGUUCAAAGAAUCAAUUCAGAUAAACAGUGGCUUACUGGCUCUGGGAAAUGUGAUAAGUGCACUUGGAGAUCCAAGGAGAAAAAGUGCACAUAUUCCAUAUAGAGAUGCUAAAAUUACACGUAUUCUUAAGGACUCCUUAGGAGGCAAUGCCAAGACAGUCAUGAUAACCUGUAUUAGCCCAUCAUCUUCUGAUUUUGAUGAGUCACUCAAUUCUAUUAAAUAUGCCAACAGAGCCAAAAAUAUUAGAAACAAACCUAUUGUCAACUACAACCCAGAUUGGGAUCGCAUUGAUGAAAUGGAAUUUACAAUCAAGUUGCUUCGAGAAGCUUUGCAAAACCAGCAGGUUAACGGACAGAACGCUAGCAAUCAAGUGUCACAAGAUUUGUCUCAGGAGAGAAGCAAAAUCCGUUCUCUUGAAGAGCAACUUGCUCAGCUUCAAAUAGAAAGUUACAACUACAGAAAUUGUGUAGAAGAAGCCUAUAUUUUCCUUGCUGAACUAAAAAAUAUUGCCAGUCUGUCAAAAAGUCAACAUGACAGACUGCAAGAUUGGCUCUCUGCAGCUCAGGAACUCAGAAGGGAGACUCCAGCUAUUUCUCAGAUAAAUAGUGGAAAUGGAGACCAAGAAGGACCAUAUCAUAUCACAAUCCUUCAACUGAAGAGAGAGCUGAAAAAGUAUCAGCAGGCUCUUGCUGCAGAUGAAGAAGUUUUUAGUGAGAAAGAACUCGAGAUAAAAAUACUGCAAGAUCAAAUACAGAUGCUGAUAAACGAAAAUCAAGAAUAUCUGCAGUCACUACAGGAGGCACAGGAUACAAAUAGACUACAGAAUGAGAAAAUGGUGGAGCAACAGCUUAUAAUUGAUGAGCUAAAUGACAGAUUAGAGAAAAUGGAAAAAGUUUCUGCUUCCAGUGGUGCUUGUGGGGAUGGACCACCUGCUAUAACAUGUGUUAAGAGGCCAUUCAGUGUCCCACUCACUAAACGUUUGGUGCAGUCCAUUAAUCCAGCAGUGGGUCUGAACUCUCGAAAGGUACACACAAGUCCUCCUACAUAUUCUUUAAAUAGAGUAAUGGCUGGGUUUCAGACUCGCAGUCAGAUCAUGUUGGAUCACAUAGAAGAGCAAGAUGAAGUUCUUCAUUGCUGCUUCUCUGACCACAGUGACGAAGAUGAAAAAAAUGACAGGAAUAGAAAGAGACCCCAAUUUAGACGUUCCUUAAACCGUACAUGGACACGAAAACAGGCAACUCACUCUUUAGCAAUUCAACAAACAGAACUGCAACAGAGUUCCUAUUUACAAAACAUAAAUAUCUCACAGAUGGAAACUGUUACAAGCUCCACUGAUAUGGAAUGGAUCCAGAAAAGUCAGAUUUUAAAUAUGCAGAAGUUAAAGCAUUCAGAGCUAAAACUUAUUGCUGCUAAGCAAAAAAUGAGUGAACUUACACUUAAUAUCAGAAUGAAGGAAGAACUUAUUAAAGAACUGUUGAAAACAGGUAAUGAUGCUCAAUCUGUAAGCAAACAGUAUUCGCUGAAAAUAGCACAACUGGAACAUGAAGCAGACCAGGCCAAAACUGAUUUAGCUGAAACACAAAAGCAGUUGCAAGAGCUAGAGAACAAAGAGCUAAGAGACAUUGCUGAAAAAGCUAGGUUGCAGAAAGAAUUUAGGAAAAAAAUGGAUGCAGCCAAGUUAAAAGUGCAGGUCUUGCAGAAAAAACAGCAGGACACCAAGAAACUAGCACUGUUAUCUACCCAGAAUGAGAAACGUGUUUUUGAAGUAGAACAGAAUGUCAGUCACAUGAAAAACCAACAAGCCCAAUUACAGAAAAGAUUGCAAGAGGAGAGUGAAAAAAAGAAAAGCUUGGAGGCAGAAAUUCAGAAGGAUCAGCUGCAGAUCAAGGAGCUUCAACAAAAGACAGAACAACAGGCAAAAAUUUUAAAACUAAAAGAUGAAGAAAUUGCUGCAAUUAAAAAGAAAAACUCACAUGAAACCCCACAGCAACUACAGAAAUUAGAAGAGAAAAAGAAAUGGCUAGAUGAAGAGGUAGAGAAGGUUUUGCAUCAACGUCAAGAGUUAGCUCAAUUGGAAGAAGUUUUGAAAAGAAGAGAAGCUAUAAUUUCUAAGAAGGAAGCACUGAUACAAGAGAAGAGCCAUUUAGAAAUUAAAAAACUCCGAUCCAGCCAGGCUCUCAGUAAAGAUAUUUUGAAAUUAUCAAGUCGGUUGAACUUUUUGGAUCAGGAAUUAUGUGACAAAAAUAUGCAGCUUCAGAGCAGCACCACCAAUGAGCAUGAGAAGAUUUUUGAAGAAGUUCAGGCUCUGGAGAAGGAGAGGGAUCAGCUCCUGAAAAGAAGGAGCAGUGUUGAUGAGAAACUGAAGAAUGGCAGAGUAUUGUCACCAGAUGAGGAACAUUUUCUGUUCCAGCUUGAAGAAGGGAUUGAAACUUUGGAAGCAGCCAUAGCUUAUAAGAAUGAAAGUAUUCAAAACCAUCAGAAUUCAGUCAGAGCUUCGUCUGAAAUCCUUUCACACAGUGAUGCCAAUGUGAUGGGAAAGUUGGUUUCCUUGUCUAAUACUGAGCUGCGAGCAAUUCUUUUAAAGUUUUUUAAUAAGGUUGUUAGCCUUCGUGAGAGUGAGCGUAAGUUGCAACUUCAGGCUGAAGAACAUAGAAUGAGGGUAAUGGAACAAGAAAACAUAGUAAGAGGACUUGAAUCAGCACAUGAACAUCUUAUGCUGCAGUGUGACAGGCGUCUGACCCUCCAACAAAAAGAGCAUGAACAAAAGAUGCAAUUAAUACUACUUCACUGCAAAGAACAUGAUAGUGAAAGUAUUUCAGAAACUCUUAAAGGUUAUGAGGCAAAAGUCCAACAAUUGGAAAGAGACUUGUUCUUCUACAAGAAAACAAGCAGAGAAUUAAAGAAGAAAUUAAAAGAACUGGUUGGAGAAUCAGUACACCAUCCUCAGACACCAAAUAAAUGUUUUUGUGAUGGUACACCAAACCAAGAAGAAUCAAGUGUUUUAUCAGAAGAACUUGGGUGGCCAGCCAAAUCAGUUGGAAAAAUCAAAGGAGCAAAUCACCCAACAGAUAGUUUAGAACAGCAAAAUUCACACCCAUUUCAAGAAGAAGCUGUAAAACUUGUACCCAAUACAUCCAGUAGUCAGGAAGCGGAAGCAGGAAAAGUACAACACUUUGCAAAAUUUCAUCCACAAGGAAUCUGUCGUUCUCAUGCAAGAGAGACUAUGACCCAGCUUCAAGGAGCAACCACAGUAAAACUUUCUCGCAAAGAACUGCGUCACAUCCCUGCGUCUGAGCUUUCCUCUAGGCUCUCAGGCCUUGCAAUUGGUAGAAAUUCUGUUCCUGCAGACUCCACUGAAACGCCUAGAAAAUCAAAUGAUAUAUAAUUAACCCUGUAACCUUUUGAAAGUAGUUACUAAUCUUUGAAAUUUCCUUGUUCAUUUCAGGCAGCUAUGAUCAUCUCUCAUUUCUAGCUGCUGUACCACAUGCAGUAGAUAAUAUAUCAUGUGCAUAUAGGAAUGUGUGAUGCUUACUGGCACAGUGAUAUUAUAAAGGGUUGAAGCAAAACUGACUUUUGCCUUUAUAGCUUAAGCAAUCCAUACUAUACAUAUUUUAUAUUAUUAUUACCAUUAUUAUUUCCUAGCCGCCCCUCCCCAUGGAUCCAGGCGGGGGAACACAACAAUUUACAGUCACACCACAUCAGUUAAAUGCAAUUUAAAAUAUAUUUAUUUUAAUACUGGUGUAAUGUGAUCAGUCCUGAAUGUUCCAGUAAUAAAUCUGGAUUCCAUGUUUUGAACUAGCUCAAGUUUUCAACUUAUUAGGCGUAUUUAUUAGAGCAAAUAAUGAGGGCAAUUAAGAGGUAUUUCUGGUGAUUCUUCAGCUGGAGAAAACCUGUCCUUUUACAUGAUGGUACAUCUGGUGGGUCAUUUUCUCACAUUGUGAUUGAAUCUAAAACUGUAGGUGGAGCAAUAUGGAGUUCUCACAUCAGCAGUGAGUAACUCUGGCAGGCAUGGGGUCAUCUUUUUUUGCCUCCCCAGACCUGCAUUGUUCUCAAAACACUUAAAAAAACCCAACCCACAAGUGACUGAUUUGGAUCUUGGGUGUUCUCUGCAGAUUUGAAGUGUUGAAAGUUCUAGGUUGUAAGCCACUGUUCCUGGAAGAUUCCAGGAGCAACAACUCCAUGGUUUCAGACUUAUGGGGCCUUAUUUUUUUAUCCAUGUUUUUAGUAGAUAAAAAGAAGUUGGGAGGGGGAAUAGUACAAGCUUGGGCAACUAUAGAAAAUCUGUAGGGGCCCACUUUCCCACUCCUGCUUCAGAUAAAAACACUGUAUGCAUUGUGAUAAGUUUUUUGUAACAGCAUUACCAAUUAAAAUAAAAUUAAACCCUUUUUCAAUCCA